UUUCCUUUAAGUUCCGGAUUGCGUCAACCGCGAAUUUGUUCAUUAAACUUACUUUUUUGUUCUGUGGGGAGUUUUAGGUUCUUUGUUAAUUAAGUUGCUACAAGAAAAAUGGGUGAGGAGUACAAUGCAGCGCUUUUAGAGAAGAAGAAUUUUCAUGAGGGAUGUCCUGGUUGUAGAGUGGAGAAGAUGAAGCAGAUCCGGCGUGGAUAUCCGUACCUGGAGCUGUCUUUCGUUUGGGUCGUCGUGCUCGCCACUUCUCUUCCCAUCUCCUCCCUCUACCCGUUCCUCUAUUCCAUGAUAGAGGAUUUUGGUGUCGCAGACACCGAGAAAGAUAUCGGCUUUUAUGCUGGAUUCGUGGGUUGCUCUUUCAUGUUUGGGAGAGCACUGACGUCACUUUCCUGGGGGAUGCUUGCUGAUAGAUAUGGGAGAAAACCCAUCAUACUCGUGGGAACCAUCUCCAUAGCCAUUCUCAACGCUCUUUUUGGCUUGAGCGUGAACUUCUGGAUGGCUAUUGGCAUGAGGUUUCUUCUUGGCAGUUUCAACUGUUUGCUUGGAACCAUGAAGGCAUAUGCAUCAGAGAUAUUUCGUGAGGAAUACCAAGCUACAGCAAUGUCAGCUGUUAGUACUGCUUGGGGCAUUGGACUGAUCGUUGGCCCUGCUCUAGGCGGUUUCUUAGCUCAGCCGGCAGAUAAAUAUCCAAACGUUUUCUCCAAGGAUUCCAUUUUUGGCAGAUUCCGUUAUGCCUUGCCGUGCUUUACCAUAUCAGCUUUUGCAUUGGUUGUGACAUUACUAUGCUGCUUCAUCCCGGAAACGCUGCACAAUCAUAACUUGGACAGCACAGCACAUGAUGAUUCAUUGGAGACACUUGAAGAAUCUUCUGCUUCAACCACCAAUACAGGGAGAAACGAAAGGAAGGUUUCUCAAGUGUCUCUCUUGAAGAAUUGGCCCCUCAUGUCUUCUAUCAUUGUGUAUUGCGUUCUGUGUCUACAUGAUACUGCAUACUCCGAGAUAUUUGCACUAUGGGCUAACAGUCCAAGGAAAUAUGGAGGUCUAAACUAUUCAACCAACGAUGUCGGUACAGUUCUUGCUAUCUCAGGUGUCGGCCUAUUCUCCUUUCAGGUCUUUGUUUAUCCUUUCGCCGAGAGACUGCUAGGACCUGUACUGGUCACCCGUUUUGCUGGGGCCCUGAUGAUACCUAUGCAGAUUAGUUAUCCAUUUAUAGCUAAUCUAUCAGGUCUCAGUCAAAGCAUAAUGUUGAAUUGUGCAUCAAUCCUACUCAAUGUGCUUAGUGUGUCUGCGAUAACCGGUUUGUUGAUUCUGCAAAACAAAGCUGUGGAUCAGAGCCAAAGAGGGGCGGCUAAUGGAAUCGCUAUGACUGCAAUGUCUCUCUUUAAGACCGUUGGACCAGCUGGCGCUGGCAUCUUAUUUUCUUGGAGCGAAAGGCGACUUGACGCUGCAUUUCUACCAGGGUCGCAUAUGGUGUUCUUCGUGCUGAAUGUGAUAGUCGUAGUCGGAGUAGCUCUCACGUUCAAACCAUUUCUAACCACGGCUCGAAGAUGAAAAUUCGUCUGAACAGUGGAUGUAUGAACGUAACUCGCUGUAUAUAUUAAUUUCAGAUUAGAAAGAAACAGUAAUCAAAUUUUACUGACCUUAGGCUUAGGAUUUAAUUUAGCUUCUGUUUAUUGGUUAGAAAAAGCUUUAGGGCUGUCAAUGUAUUAAAUCUUUGGAAGCUAAGUGAAUUUCAUCCUGAAGUAAUGUAUUGAUCGUUUAUGUAAUGGGUCGAAUUGUCAUAACUCAAUUCUAGUUUAUA